GCUACGGGCAGAUGAUGUUAAAAAUCAUUUUUGUUGUCAUUUUCUUGUUUGUUUACAUUUUAGUCUGAUUUUAGUCGUUUUUUCCCACGUUUUUUCCUCAGGUUACUUAUUUUUUGUCGUAAUACAUAAUUAUUGUGUUUCUUGUUUGAACCUUUAUGGUCUGAUCUAAUAUAACAAUACCAGUAAAACACAAUUUAUACCUGCAGAGAUACAUCAAACUAAACCGGGUUAAAAAGUGUGUAGAGAACUUUGUAGAGAAGGAUAAUUAAUAUACUGUAAUUUGAAAUGUGACAUUUGCUUAAAAAUAAAUAUGAGUUAUUUAAAUCGUAUAAUUCUCCUCAUUGAUAUGGAUUGUUUUUACUGUCAGGUAGAAGAGAAAUUAAAUCCAAAAUUGAAAGAUAAACCGAUAGCUGUUGUACAGGCUAAUGAGUGGAGAGGUGGAGGAAUAAUUGCUGUAAACUACUGUGCGCGAGACAAAGGCGUAACAAGACAUAUGAGGGGAGAUGAGGCAAAACAAAAGUGUCCUGAUAUUCAUCUAGUAAAAGUUCCACAAGUUCGAGGAAAAGCCGAUUUGACAAAGUAUAGAGACGCAGGAAAAGAAGUUGCCGAUGUGUUAUUAACAUUAUCUUCCAAUUUAGAAAGAGCGUCGGUUGAUGACGCUUAUUUAGAUAUUAGUGAUAUUGUCGAACAAAGAAUUAGUUCUAAUUGUAGCAUUACUAGGGACAAAUUGAAGAAUACCUUUGUCGUUGGUAGCCCCGUUGGCGAAUUUAUUGCUAAUGUGAACACUAAUAUAGAAUUAGACGACAACAAUAAGCGACUAGCUGUAGGAGCAAUAAUUGCCGAAGAAAUACGAGAGAAAAUAUUUGCCGUCACUCACUACACAUGCUCAGUUGGUAUUGCCCAUAAUAAAGUUCUUGCAAAACUUGUUUGUGGAUUACAUAAACCCAACAGACAAACUAUUUUGCCCUACGAAGCCCUCCCCCUUUUGUAUAAAGAUAUGCCUAUAAAGAAACUUAAAGGAUUGGGUGGAAAAUUGGGAUCAGAAGUAUCAGAAAAGUUAAAUAUUGUAAAUAUGGGAGAAUUAAUACAUUUCAACCAAAAGGAUUUAAUUAAAUUAUUUGAUGAAAAAAUAGGAACCUGGUUAUUUGACAUUGCAAGAGGUAUUGAUAUGGAACCAGUUAAUACACGUCUGCUUGCAAAGUCUAUUAGUUGCUGCAAACAAUUUCAAGGGAGAUCUGCAUUAAUUACACAAAAAGAUGUUGAACAUUGGCUGAACGAAUUAUCGGAAGAAUUGCACGAAAGAUUAAAUAAGGAUUUAGAAGAGAAUAAUCGUAGAGCCAGACAAAUGGUUGUUUCUUUUAGUCAAAAUAAUCCAGAACAGAGUCAUUGUACACGCUCACUUCCGUUAAAUUCUAACGAGAAAUUAUUGAUAUAUAAUAAUUUCUUAAAUAUAAUUCAAAAACAUUGUAAGAAAUCAGACGGUUCUUUUUCUAUUAGGUAUUUAGGAAUAGGCGCAACUAACUUUGAACCAAUGAAGAAAACCAAAGAUAUUAAAUUUUUCUUUCAAAAUAUGAAGGAAACUAAUUCGCACGUAACUGAAUAUAAGAAAUACAAAACCAAUGCAACAAGUGAAUCAGAAAUAAUUAAUCAAACCGCCAGUAUAGCCAACGAUAUUUUAAUUGAUGAGGAUUCCUGUUACUUAUCAGAAACACAGAAUGAAGGCAAGGAUGACACUACUUAUGUAUAUUUUGAAGAAGUACACCCAGAAUCGGUAAAAAAUCAAUCUUUUGUCGAUGCUGAUUUAUCCAACAGUUCUAUUAAUAGUAUCUCUGAUGAUUCUAUCAAAGAUGAAGUAUAUAUUCAAAAUUCAGAUAAUACAGUUAGAAAACAAAAUAUUGCUUCAUUUUUUUCCAACUUUUAUGAUAGAACAUUUGAUACGUCUAAAUGUUUUAAGCAAACGGGUAAUUCAUUCAAUGUAGAUAUUAAUUCUAGUAACGAAACAACUAUAGACGAGACAAAUGUCAUUACAUCAGAAUGCCAUGAGGAAAAUGUAAAAAUUAAUAGCAACAAUAACGUUAAUUUAGUUGAUGGUGAUAAUAUAAAUAAAUGCCCUAUGUGUAAUAAAUUAUUAUCAAGUAAGGAAUAUCAGACGCAUAUGGAUUAUCAUUUUGCUUUAAAAAUGGUCAAGGAUGAAGAACAUUUAUAUUCCGCUAAUUUAGAAAUAUCUAAGAAUAUAAAUUCCUUAGAUGAGAAAUCCACAAAUAUAAAAACAAAUAAAAACAGCUUUGGAAAUAAACGAAAACAAUUAAAUGAAAAAUCUAAAUCCAUCCUAGGGUAUUUUCAAAAUCAAACUAAUGAAAUUAACACUGAUUUAUGUAAAAUAUGUAAGGAAUGCAACAAGCAGGUGCUUAUUGAAAAUUAUGACGUUCAUAUGGAUUUUCAUUUAGCAAAAAAAAAUCCGUUUAGAACAAAAUCAGAUCCCUUCUACAUCUUUAAAAAAUAAUUCGUGUAUAGAUAAAAAACCUAAUAGCAAUAAUCAAGGUAUAGUAAAAUUUUUAAAUA